ACGGGGCGACGGCUACGCCAGACCGUGGUGGCCCGCGCCCGUGCUGCCCGUGAUCCUCAGCCACUCGGUCGAGCGGGGCGCGAGCGUCAUCGGGAAGCGCAAGGACAUCGCGUUCAGGCUGCCCGAGCGCACCAUGGUCGGGGGCGUCCGGGAGGCGCGUGCUGCGCUGAGCGAAGGCCACUCCAUCAUCGAUGCCAUGCUGGAGGCGAACGCGAACGGAGUGAGUUUGGACCCGCGCACGAG